UUCUCGUGACUUACGAGAUGAGCUAAAGUGGUUUGGCUGGUGUGUGUUGUAGAGUAAGUGUAUGACUGUGUGUUUGUUUAUAAAAUUACAGAAUGAGCUGUUUUAUUCAAGUUGCAGAGGAUGAAAGUGAAGAACCUAUUGAACUUCCAUGUGAAGAUGAUGGCACCUUGUUAUUAACAACUUUGUCAGCGCAAUUUCCAGCGACAUGCGGCCUAAAAUACAGAAAUCCGGACUCUGGAACUAUGCGUGGAGUGCGUUUAGUAGAUGGAAGAUUUCAUCCUCCUGACAGUGGUUGGGGAAAUGUUGUGUACUACUGUGUGUUCCCAAAAGCAUGUGUGGCAGCGGAUGUGUCCUUCCACUCGGAGAACAAGCGCAAGUCGGACGAACAGCUGGAAAACAGCACGGCCAAGACGAAGCGCAUGGAACAGCGGCAGAAAUGCUCCGACCUCAUAGUGCUGGGACUGCCCUGGAAGACCUCCGAGCAGGACUUGCGACAGUAUUUUGAGUCCUUUGGGGAAGUGCUCAUGGCUCAGGUGAAGAAGGACCCGAAGACGGGGCAGUCGAAGGGGUUUGGCUUCAUCCGUUUCUCAAACUACGAGUCUCAGUUGCGGGCCCUCUCCAAGCGGCAUCUCAUUGACGGCCGCUGGUGUGACGUCAAAAUUCCCAACUCCAAAGUGAGUGCGCAAGAUGGGCAGGCGUCCGAGCUGAGCCGCAAGGUGUUUGUGGGCCGCUGCACAGAAGACCUAACUUCGGACGACCUGCGCGAAUAUUUCUCCAAGUUUGGCGAGGUGACGGACGUCUUCAUCCCCAAGCCCUUCCGGGCGUUUGCAUUUGUCACGUUUGUUGACCCCGAUGUUGCCCAGUCUCUCUGCGGAGAGGACCACAUCAUCAAGGGCACCAGCAUCCACGUCAGCAAUGCCGUGCCCAAGAACGAAGGGGGUGGGGCGGGGGGCAGCGCCCACCACCACGCCCACGGUGGGGUGGUGGGGCGAGGAGGCGGCCCCAACCAGCGGAGCCCCCUGGAUACCUCACGCCCGCCGCAGGGAGGCGGGGGUGGCUACGCGACGAGCCCCUUUGCCGGCGCCCACCUCACGCCCCACGGAGGCUGGGGGCAGGGCGGCGGCGCCCCGCCGCCCCCGCAUCGUGCAGGCGACAUGCCCAACCUGGCAGCACUGGGAAGCAGUUUGGGAAUGGGACCGCAGAGUGGGGGUCCACCCCAGGGAGUGAACACGACUCCGCCCACCCUGGGGAUGGGUGCGUUAAACUUGGGGGCCGCGACGUUGCCGUUGAGUUCCGCCGUCGUUGCUGCGCUGGGACAGGCGGCGGGCUUUGGCCUGUUCGGUGGAGGGAGCUUCCAGGGCGGGGGCGGGGAGCCCGGGGGAGGGCAUCCGCCCAACUCCGGCGGAGGACCCGUGGGUCAGUCUGGGGGCUUUCUGGGAUGGAUGGGGCAGGGCGGCGGAGGAGGCCAGGGGGGCGGCCAAGGGGACAGUGGGGGGCCCUGGCCGCAGAGGGACGGGAAGCAAGGCUUUGGGAUGUCUGUGUCACCUUGAGGUCCACAUAAGACUAGGCGUUUGGAGAAAGGGUGCUUGAGGGGUGAAGCAUGGGCUCUAUGACAGGUACACAUUUGACAGCCCGGGGUUGACGCGCGUGUCUUUGGUAGCAUGAUGACCGAGUGGAAGUUUUGGGGGGGUGCUGUCCUUUAUGUUCGUUUGCUACUGUUUUUUGACGAGGCAGUUAUUCCAUGUCGGUGUGCAAGUUUUCAUUGUGUGUCCCCCCCGCCCGAGUGUGUUCGUUUUUGUGCGUAUCAGGAUCUCCCUAUUUUGUACACAAAAUGAGUGUUGCUCUCCACCCGCGCAGGUGUUUUAAAUGCUGUGUGUGGUUAACUGUGACAUGUAUUUAUGGUGUGUGUGCAUGCAAAGUGAAAAAGAAAAAAUAAGAGAGGCAGGGAAGGAGAGGCAUCUGCCAUGUGUAAAUUAUGUGCGUGUCAUGCUGCGGGUGACUUUAAAAUGUAGGACAAGAGGCUCACCGAAAACGUGGAGCGUGACACCAUGCGGUGUGGUGUCUGAAAAAAAAAAAAAAGAAUACUUCCGAUGUACAAAUAACGUUCAUGCAUUGGUGAUUGGGAAAAUCUCCACACUUCAUCUUGCACCUUUCUGGCUGGAGAUUUGGGAUUGCUUUCUCCGGGCCAGGAGCAGCGGUUCCCUUGUGUUGGUAUGAAUGAAGAGUGGCAGCAAGGAUAAGCACGGCACGUAGAUGCCUAUCUGAACUUGUGUUGUAGCUGUUUGCUUUCUCUCUGUAAACUAGCGCAGAAAUAUUUGUCACAAGCUGCUUCUCCCACUAGAUGCCGUAUCUGUAGUCUGUUAUCAGAUAAGUCUCUUGCCUUAAGAAAGGUACCAGCACGCUAACGUGUAGUAGGGGCGCCGCGUAAGUAUUGUAGCUGUGUUUCUAAGAAGCACUCUAAUGGAAAAGAGAAGAAAAAAAAGGGUUUUCGUUUGUUGAACGGAAAGUGGCCCCUUGAGCCAGCUUGUUACAGAAGCAAAAAGAAAAUCACAUUUGCUCAAAAGAAGGAGAGAAGCAUUCUUGCACGAAUUUCCGUUGCUCCGACAUUGAACCAAACAGUGCGUUGAAUGUGUACCUGGGUUGACGAGAAUAAGGUAGAUACGUUAUACAUGCUGGCAGGAGGAAGCACCUCGCUUCGAGUGUGUGUUCAGAGCAGUUCGUGCGAGUUUUUGACCAACUGCUUGUCUUUGUGUUCAGCUUUAAAGAGAGAAUGUAUGACUGUGUGAAGUGUGUGGUUCUGUUUCAGGGAAGAUUAUUUUUAGCACCUUUUGCGACUAUGCGUCAAAGCAUGUGUACAUUUUUGGCACUUCAUUUUUUUUUUUUUUUCUUGCUUUCGUCGUGGUAGUGUUCUUCCAUUCUUGAGUGCGAUGUAGAAGGUACCCGGAAAAAAUGUCGAGCCCGUCCUUACUGUCUUGACGCCGCAGGAUGUGUGCUGUUUUGAGAUGUAAAAAAAGAAAAAUCUAUAUAUACAUGCACGAAAGAGGAAGACAGGGCCCGCGUGCAUGAAAAUCGUGCUAGGAUCCUAGUCCUAAGGUGUGCUUCAUGCAGCACAAUUUUACCUGCGGUUUAAACGGACCACUAAAGCACAAAAAUUUCUCCUUGCAGAAGUACAGAAGUUGUCACAUUGACACCGUCAUAAAAGGAACGAGAUUCAUCCGUUGUGUCCUUCGUGAUCUACGCGCAAAUGAAACUGCAAUUUGUACUUUCCCUCUUCUGUAGAAGUGUGGAGCGGCCUCCCAUUGGCCGCCUCAAACGAUUUGCCCAAUCAUCGGCGUAGACCGUUUGAAGAAACCAAUGGGAGGAAGCUCUGCAUGUUUGCGCUUCUUGAGGAGAAAAGAAGAGGGAAGGUGCAAACUACGGCUUCGUUUCCACGCGAAACACGAACGAUACAACGGGUUCCCGACGGGUUCCCGACGGACUCUCUAACAAUGCAGUCCCAUUCCUUUUGUGCCUGUGUCAAAGUAACGCUGCCUUCCAUGUCACGAGGAUACAUUUUUGCACUUUAGUGUUUGUUUAAACAUGCGCUGCAGCCCUAAACUUCAGUAUUUUCUAGCCUGCGUGGAAUGUAUCGUGAAAGCAGUCGUUGCGGGUUUUCCUUAUGUUAGCAUCCUGGCAUGGUUUCUGUGCAGAUGGGCCCAGAUCUUUUGUUUUGGUACAUUCUCAUAAAUGUCACGUUUAUUAUAAGGGUAUUCAAACAAAUGGCGUGCGAGGUAAAGUGGUUUGCCAGAAGCACGUUGUGUUUCUGUCCCUGUAACUUAGAGCAAAUUUUCUACAGCAGCGGAUGUAAAUUCUGUGUUUGUAGGCUGUGUGAAAGUAGUUAGCUUUGAGAAGAAUGUAUCGUUAUUGCAUCCAGGUUCUGAAAAUGCAUUAUGAAACACAUGGACUUUGAGGAUUAUUAGCAGAGCCUACAAAAACAUUGGUGUUGCUCUCUUCACAUAAAAGAAAAUCUGCAGCCUAAAUUGCCACUAGCAUAAUAACAUUACGAGAGCACGUUCUGUCACUGAACCCGCGCACCUUUUUUAGCGGGCCAACAAACUCGUGGCACUGUACAAAACCUGCUGUGAGUCCCGGCUGUUUGUAUCUCAAGUCACGAGCGGCAGUGAAAGUUUUGUGCAAUUUUCCAUUCUGAGGGAAAGAAGUGUGUACAUUUGCAAAGACGGGCCUCGGGUGUUAGUCUCAAAAGCGUCGUCCUCCCUUCAUACAUAGGCUUGUAUCUGUAAAUACGUAUACACAGUAAGUGCGACAUCAUCACCACCGGAGUAGCUGAGACACGGUGAAGUACACAUGAGACUGAGUGGCACAACAUGAGAAUGCAUGAUCCAUCAUGUACAGCGGAUGUUUCUUGCGGAGAGCAAAAAAGAAGAAAAGGGUGAUGCUAAGACCAAAUGGCUCUCUGUUUUGUAGUAGCAGUUCUUUGAGGUGUAGUUGCAGCAGCAGCAGCAGAGUGUAGUGUGUGCUGGUGGUUACUUUUUACGUCCCAACCAGGGGCCUACUAUUUUACUUGUUUUACUAUUGUAGGUGGAGCGUGUGUGUUGUGUAUGACAUGUAUGGGUUUGUCUGUGUGAGAAUAAAAACACUGGAUGAAGGA